AUGUCGUGGGACUUGCUGCAACGAUUCAUCGAAUCCGACGUCUUCAAUUCGAAUCCCUUCCUCCCCGUCUCCUAUCUUUCCCGCUAUGCCGACCAUGUGGGCAUUCACUAUGUCCUCUGCAACAAGCUGCGACAGUUCCCCUACGAGGACAUCGAAUUCUUCCUUCCACAGCUCUGCCAUCUUAUAAUAAGCGUUGACAAUGAGUCAAUGGCCUUGGAGGAGUUCCUGCUGGACCUGUGCGAAGAGUCAGUAACAGCUGCGCUUCUGACUUUCUGGCUGUUUCAGACCUAUUUACACGACCUCUCCUCGAACCCGCAAUCGAGCUCCUUCCAGAUCUGUCGACGAGUGUACAACAAGGUCCAGCAUAUCGUUUUUGGCCUGGCUGAUACCGCGCGACAUGACCGAAUCAAGGAAAAUGUCCUUCCCGUUACCGUUCUCUCCAGCUUCGUCCUCGCCAGCGUCGCCCUGCCAAUGCUGCCGCAAUGGGCUGGUCCUCUGGCCGUGGCACAGGCUCGAAAACCUCAGCCGGCCGACAAUGAUCUCGACCUCGAGACGAAGGAGAAGGAGCAGGCCAAUGUUAAGCCGACGAGGGCCCACACGGUCACGCCCACGAGCUCACUGUCUCGACGUACUAAGGAUCCCAACAGGACGACGAGCGCGCCAGACGAGGGUGCACCGAGAUCGAAAGCGAACCACUCCCACACGAGUCCCAAAUCCAAGGCGAAUCGGGAAGCCAAACCCACCACAGAGCGGGCUUCGGCAAUGGAGAUGAAGUCCCUGGAGGCCAAGCUGAGCUCCUCUUCGCUCCCUCUCCCCUCGACCAAAACUGUUGCCAGCCGACCCGUGACUCCAGUGACCAAGGACUUGACACAGCGCCCAGGGGACAGCAUCCGCCGCAGACACUCGCACCAGACCAAACCUCCCCUUACCUCGAGCGAUUUGUCAUCCGAGCAAAAGGUGAGGCUCCUGAGGCAACAUUAUUUUAGGUCGCAGACGGCGUUCCUCACUGCCUUGGAGGGCAUUUCGAACCGGUUGGUCGCCGUGCCUAAACAGGCCCGCCUGAGCGCCUUGCGAGCCGAGCUCGCCCUCAUCUCCCAGGACCUACCGGCCGAGGUGGACAUUCCUGUGAUUUGCCCGCCUACGUUGGUGAAUGGCUCCCCAGGGAAGAGCUGUCACCAUAGAAUCGUGCGCCUGAACCCUGCUGAGUCGACUGUGCUCAACAGUGCUGAGAAGGUGCCGUAUCUCAUGAUGGCUGAGGUGCUCAGGGAUGACUUCACUUUCAACCCCGAUACUGCAGACAACCAGAGGUUGCUCACGAAACUGCUCAACCCGGAGACGAACAACAAGCGACUGUUUGACCUGACCUCGGAUUCCCCCAGAAUAACUGCUCAGGUUGCCCCGCCUCCGGAGCAGCCAGUUCUCGACAGCGUGUUCGAACCAACCUCUGGCGAUCUGGGGAGCUCAGGCUACAUCAAGUCUUACGUAGAGGAGCCGGUGCCCCCGCCUCCCAAAUAUGGUAAACCGCAGCCCAGCCAGUUGCGAAUCCCCAGCGCUGCCGCCAUGGCAUCUACGAAUUUGGAGCCGCUCACCCCCAGGAAUUCGGGCCAUUCGUCGACCAGAUCGAACAGUCCUGGGCAUUCCCGCAAGAUGACGCUGAAUCAGCCACCACCUCGCACUGUGGCAGCCGACCAGCCAGAUUUCUCGGCUCUGGCCACACACAUGCGAACGGCGUCGCAGAUGUUGGCCCAGCUUGAGGCUACGAGCGGGAAGCGGCCCAAGCACGAGGUGGCCGCGAUCCGAGCCAAGAUUAUUGCGAGCAUGCAGAGCCUGGAGGAGCAGAGUUUUGAAAUGGACGAGGGGCCUACUUUCGACACCAUCAUUGCCAAGAAUUCAGCCUUGAACUCGCCAGUUGACAAUCCUGAUUUGGAAGAGGGCAGCACCAUCGACACGAAUCUGAACGCCAGUGCCGGUCGGGAGCGGAUGGAGAACGACAUCAAGACUGGUGGUGUCCAGCGCCGCGGCGACCGCGAUGACCCCAGUGCGGCUGUCUUUGGUGAAGCAUGGGAGGCGAAGAAGGAGCGCAUUCGCAAGGCGUCCCCGUACGGCUGGAUGAAGAACUGGGAUCUUGUCAGUGUGAUUGUCAAGACGGGUGCUGAUCUGCGACAGGAGGCGUUCGCUUGCCAGCUGAUCAACGUAUGCCACAAGAUCUGGGUCGAUGCCGAGUCCGACGUGUGGAUUAAACUCAUGCGCAUUUUGGUCACGGGAGAGUCGUCCGGUUUGGUUGAGACCAUCACCAGCGGUGUCUCCCUGCACUCGUUGAAGCGGUCUCUCACCCUUGCGUCUAUCGAGUCUGGCCAGAACCCCCGCCACCGCAUCGCCACCUUGAAGGACCACUUCGUCAAAGCUUUUGGCCCGACGGAGAGCGAGCCGCACAGAGCUGGCGUGGAGGCGUUUAAGCGGUCUUUGGCUGCCUACUCCAUCUUCUCUUAUGUCUUCCAGCUCAAGGACCGACACAACGGCAACGUGUUGAUCGACAACGAAGGCCAUAUCGUCCACAUCGACUUUGGUUUCAUGCUCUCCAAUUCUCCUGGUUCAGUUGGUUUUGAGGCGGCUCCUUUCAAGCUGACUCACGAGUAUGUUGAUGUUUUGGGUGGUUUGGGAUCUCAGGAUUAUGACGAUUACAAGAAGCUUUGCAAGCAAGCAUUCCAAGCUUUGCGACGAUCCGCAGACAAUAUUAUCGAUCUCGUUGCCAUCAUGGGCCGGGACUCAAAAAUGCCCUGCUUCAACGCCGGCGUCCUGCAGACCACAAACGCAUUACGGCAGCGUUUCCAGCUGCACCUCAGCGCCGACGAGGCGGAGAAUUUCGUCGAAACGGAUUUGAUCGCUAAGUCCUUUGGUAGUUACUACACACGAUUAUAUGACACUUUCCAGUAUCGCACUCAGGGAAUAUACUAG